AUCGAUAACAUUACUCAAACAAGUGCUUUGUUUUUGAAAGUUGCAGUUAGUUUCAGUGUUAUGAACAAGAAUGCAGUUUUUAUUUGUGACAAUACUUGCACUUCACUUAACAUUAGUAGUAUGCAAGCGGAAAUACAAAGAUUCCUCCUCCGAAGAAAGUAUAGAAAACGUCCUCUACUACCAGGAUUGCAAGCAUAAACGCGACCAACCAGCGGCAGUACAAAUGCGAGCCGUUGAACCACCGACAACCAAGAAGCCCCAGGAAUGCAAAAUGUGUUGUUCUAUGUGCUGUGGCGAGGAGUGUCAACAGUCAAGCACUUGCAACCAACAAAAGCCUCAAAUGAGACAGCCCCAGUUCACACCAGUGAAGAAAAUUGAGCCAGCUCGAGCCACCCGGCCGCGCGUACAAAAUCAAAACCCAUUUUUUGCUAGAAGAGAAUUUGGAUUGACAAAAGAAAACAUUAAGAGCCUUAUAUCUCAAGAUACGGAUAUAAGAAAGAUUUUAAAGGACUUGGUAAGAGUAACAAUGCAGAAGGUGGACCUGAUGCAGCUAUUGAAGGCGAAGCAGACAGAGAAGCCGUUGCUGAAAGAGAGCGAGUAUGAAAAUGAUUUAUAAAGACACACAUCUGUAAAUAA